GCAGCGCAGGAAGGAUGUCGGGCACGCGCACACGCUCGAGAGCUUCACGCGCUGCUCAGAGCAGAUGCAGCUCGCGCCCGCAGACGGACAUCGCACACAUUCCGAAUUAAAGUGAAUUAAAACGUCCUCGGUACAAGACUGGAGUUAUUCGAGUUAAGAGUUAGAGUCAAGCGUCUCAAAUGGAGACAGAAGCCAUGGAUGUCCAACAGCAGGCCGGCGCACCGGACAGGGUCAUGCCCCAGGAGAAUCACGUCCACACGACACAACCACAGGCCACCCGCAAACCUGACGUCACCGGUCCUGUCUCAGCUGAGAUUGUUGACAGCGGAAGCAGCGAGUCGCUUACAGAUGGUGUCACAACCAAUGACGACGCUUUAUUGCUUCCUGACCACAUACCUACAAUUUCACGCAAAACAGAGAAAGGCAAUGUGAAGCCCAGUCUUCCCAAUGGCUCCUCUCCUCCAGUCAAUGGGUCUGCUAUCAUCCAUACACCACCAGCUUCUUCAUCAGGAGGAUCAACACCUCGCCCGACAACACAACAGAAAUGCAACGGACACAAACACCCUCACAGAAAACACACGCCCUCCACCUCCAAGAGCCAGCAGAGCUUCAAAGGUGAUGCUUCCCAGAUACAGAGAGUAGCUGGAGACGACUGCUGUGCGCACUGCAUCCUGGCCUGUCUGUUCUGCGAGGUGCUGUCGUGGUGUUCGGCCGUGACUCAGUGUUUGGCUUGCGGUCUUGAGUGUGACGCUCUCUGCUGCUGUGGGGAAGCGGCCACCGGUGGUCUGGCGUGCUGUGCUGAGGACACCUGCUCUGCCCUACUGGAUUGUGGGAUACUGGAGGACUGUUGCCAGUCUUCAGACUGUCUGGAGAUCUGUUUGGAAUGCUGCUCCAUCUGUUUCCCGACCUAAACGGGAUUCUCUACAGAAUGAUAUCAAGUGCUCAAAGGACUGUAAGCGUUGGAUAUAUAUUGUAUUGUUAUCCCGCAUUUUGUAUUUAUUCAGUAUGAAGAAUGAAUUUGCUGCAUCGAUCAAAGUUGGACUGUUCUGUACCAGGCUACUCUCUGAGGCCUUAAACCUGAAGUGUGUUAUUUUUUGUUUGUUAAAAUACACACAAAAUCCAUGUUUGAAUGUGAAUCAUUGCUUUGUUUAUUGGCAAACUGACCAAUGGCGUAAGUUCAGGAACUCUUCAUCACUAUUGAAAUUCUGUUUGGUGGCACAGAAAUGACACACUUCAUCUUUAACAGUGAAGAGCAAAAUAUUUAGUUUUAGAUUUAGACUGCACUUGCAUUAACAUUACCGUUCAAAAGUUGGUAAGUGAGUUGGUAAGACUGUGCUGCAAAACAUGGUUUUUGUAUUGUUUUUCAGUACAGAUAUCUAAACCCUGUUAAAUCAAGGUACUUGAGGUACUUAAGAUAUAAGGUCUUGUUUUCUGGGGGAAAAAAAUCUAAAUUGAGUGAGUUUAUGCAUAAAACAACAACAAAAAAUCUUUUAGUGGGUAAAGAAAAAUAAUCUUGUUUUCCCUUUAAAUUUCAUUUAUUUGUUUUAAGC